UUAUUCUGAAGGUCCCAAGCGGAAGGACCUUAACUCGCAGGGAGACGCGGUCAGGCUCGUUUCGUGAACAUCUGCACAGCGGUGAUCGAUCACAAGGCUCCGCGAUGAUCUGCAUCCUGCUGGUGGCCGGUCACGGCACCGUGUUAGAGGCCCAGAUAAAGAAGGAUGACACGGGUUUGUACAGCCAUCUGGCCGGAGUACCGAAGGCUUUGCUUCCCGGCAUCGGAGGAAAGAAGAUCCUGGACUUCUGGUGGGAAACGGUCAACAUGAGGCAGCUGUUCACAGCAGUGUAUCUGGUCACCAAUGCAGACAAGUACAAGCACUUUGAGCGCUGGGCCACGGCCAACGACUUCCCGCUGGAGAACGUCAUCAACGACGGCAGCACCACGCUGGAGGACCGCCUCGGCGCCGUGGCCGACCUGGAGCUCGCCAUACGCAGCCGCCGGCUCGUGGACGACGUCAUGGUGGUCGCAGGAGACAUGCUGUGCGCCGACCAGAACUUCGACGUGGCUCAGGUGAUCCGCUUCUUCAGGUCGGAGCCCGGAGAGCUGAUCAUCUACUACGAGCUGGAGGAAAGUGAGAAGAGCAGCUCCAGAGGCAUCGUGGAGGUGUGCAGAGACACCCACAGGAUAAAUCGCUUCUGUGAGAAACCACAUGAAGGGCAGACGACGUCCCGGCUCGCCAGCGUGGUCUUCUACUGCAUCCAGAGAGACACCUUGCCCUCCCUGUCGGACUUCCUCCUGCUGCAGACUCGAGCCACGGACCGGUCCUUCGGCCGGUUCUGGGAGUGGCUCAUCAACGAGAAGCAGCUGGAUGUGUUUGGGAUGAAGCUUCCAACCGGCUUCCAGCUCAUUGGACAAGUGGGCCUGUCGGACUACACCAGGUGGCUCACCCACUACUCCACCAAUCAACAGGACACUCCUGCCAAACCCAUCACCUGCAGGUCCUUCGCCAGGGUGGGACUGAUGGGGAACCCGUCAGACGGCUUCCACGGCAAAACCAUCGCCAUGUCCAUCUGUAACUUCUGGGCCGAGGUCACUCUGGUGGAGAGCCAGACUUUGGUUCUGGUCCCACAUCCACUCAACGACCCCACAGAGUUCGGAAGCCUGCAGGAUCUGUUCUGCAUCAGCAGAAAGGAAGGAUACCUGGGAGGUCUGCGGCUGCUGCAGGCCACCUGCAAGAAGUUCUACCAGUUUUGCUCCAACCAAGGCAUCGCUUUGACGAAGCAGAACUUCACUCUGAAGUACGACACCAACAUUCCUCGUCAAGUGGGCCUCGCUGGAAGCAGCGCCAUCGUCUCUGCUACUCUAAAGUGUCUGAUGACGUUCUACAACAUCACCGACAACGAUCUUCCAAAGUCGAUCCGAGCCAACUUCAUCCUCAACGUGGAGACCGAGGAGCUUUUCAUCACAGCCGGUCUGCAGGACCGAGUGGUCCAGGUCUACGAAGGGUUGGUCUACAUGGACUUCAGCAAGAAGUUGAUGGAGGAGCAGGGCUACGGUAACUACGUUCCUAUGGACAUGAGCGGGCUGCCCCCGUUCUGGUUGGCGUACCUGAGCGACCCCAGCGACUCUGGACGCAUCCACAGCAACAUCAGGCAGCGCUGGCUCAGUGGAGAACCUCUGGUAGUCGAGGCAAUGAAGACCUUUGCUGAGCUCACCGAUGAAGCCAGGACGGCUCUCCAGGACCGAGACUGGCGGCGCCUGGCGCAACUGAUGGACCAGAACUUUGAGCUGCGCAGGUCUGUCUACACCGACGAGUGUCUGGGGCCCGGGAACCUCAGGAUGGUUGAGCUGGCGAGGCAGUUUGGCUCGGCGGUGAAGUUGCCGGGCAGCGGGGGGGCCGUGGUGGGCCUGUGCCUGGAUGAAACCAGACUGGUGGAGAUGAGAGCGGCCUUCCAGGAGGCCGGCUGUGUCUUCUGUGUCAUCGCGCCCUACGACCCGUCGGCCGGCCGGCGCUGACCUCGGGUCAUGAGGAGGAACACGGAAAGCCUGAUCCGAUUGAUCGGGUGAAAUCGGGUGUAGAGACGCAGACCGUUUUUACAAUUAUUUCAAUACAAACCGUAAUUUAAUGAAUUGUGUCAAAUUUAUGAACCAAACAAAUGUAAAAAUGAGGUAAUUCCUUUUCUACAUGUGAUGCAUUACUGAAGAGGCUCAAUGUACAUUAUAUUUGUAUAAUUCAUGAUAUUUCUACACAAAUUAAAAACGACUUCUUAUA